AUGCCGCCCCUCAAUAUGACUAUGGGCAUUCUCCGUCCUUCUGGGUCCGAGGACUGCCCUGGUACAGUCCUUCUCUAUGAGAGAUCCGACAAUGAACAGAGUUAUCAUGUCGGUGCUAAACAUGACCCAAAGGAUCCUUCCAUCGUCUUAGAUCCCCAACCAUCAGAUGAUCCAAAUGAUCCCCUGAAGAAUUGGUCGAUUUGGAAAAAGGAUCUUCUCUAUUUGACAAUUUUCGUCAACACCAUCAUCUUAGCUGCAGUCCCUGGACCAGUAUUCGCGUCUUCUACUGCAGUGAUAUCCAAAAGUCUGGGGGUCUCAUUGGACAAUGUUGCUCUUCUCUCAGGAUAUCAACUGCUUGUUGUCGGCUUGUACGGCCCGUUUUGCUCGGCAUUGGCUCGCAAGUACGGUAAACGACCUCAAUACCUGUUUGGCUGCACGAUGGCAUUGAUUGGAACAAUCAUUUGUGUGGUUUCGGGGUCAAAUUAUUCAAUACUUCUUGCUGGUCGUCUCCUCCAAGGAUUUGGGACAACUCCAUUUGAGUCGCUGUCACUAGCCGCAAUCGGGGACAUAUACUUCGUCCAUGAGCGUGGUAUUAGGACUGGGGUGAUGGUGAUUGCGUUGACGUGCCUUUCCAGUGCAGUAAAUAUUAUAGCAGGUCCAAUCACCCUCACUCUGGGCUGGAGAUAUAUGCUCAUCAUUCACUUGCCAUUCGUCGCAACGACGUGGAUUCUCACGUUCUUUUUCAUCCCGGAAACCCAAUUUCGCCGCCCCGAUGCAAACUCUGAGCAUAUUGACACCCCAGAACAUAGAGCUGAGUCCAAAGAAAAGACAGAGGGAUCGGAGGUCUUUGAGGAAGAGAAUGUGGAAGAACAACAGACCAUACAUCCGUCCACCAAUGUUGCAAAGAGGGGCUAUAUACACAAUCUCGCCAUAUUAUCAGGGACUUAUACUGAUAUCAGCCUUCUAAAACUAAUUGCUGCGCCCUUUGUUGUUCUACAUAACCCAGGUGUUAUUUGGUCACUGGGCAUUUCUGGUGCACUCGUGGGAAUGUGGGUUAGCUUAGCCUAUACGUUCGCGCAAAUAUGGUCCGCCCCGCCGUAUAAUCUGAAUGUCGCCCAAAAUGGAUAUUUUUAUGUUGGAGCUAUGCUCGGAGGUAUGAUUGGUGGCCUUGGUAGUGCGUGGCUGAACGAUUUAGUCACUAAACUCAUGAUCCGCAUAAACCGUGGGAUUUAUGAACCAGAAUUUCGAAUCCUAACUCAGGCAAUUGCCGGUGCUGCAUUUGCCUUGGGAUACUUCGUGUUCGUAUGGCUCUUCGAGCACCCCUUCUCGACUGGCUACUAUCUAGGCGCAUUUUUACAUGGAUGUCUUUGUUUUGGUGUUACUGUGUCGAGUGUGUCGGCAAGUCUGUAUAUCUUGGAUUCGCAUUCUUCUAAUACGACGGAAAUUUUCAGCCUCCAAAUGAUGUUCAAGAACCUCUUGUUCUUUGGAUUUGCGCGCUUUGUGAAUUCAUGGGUAGCUGAAGAUGGAGCGCAAGAUAUGUUCCGGACUUACGGAAUAAUUUCCGUCUGUAUAGCUGCCACUUCGAUUCCAAUGUACUUUUUCGGAAAGUGCAAUCGCCUAUUCAUAUACAGACUGGGGUUUUUGCAACGGUUCUACUUUGGUAAAGGUUGA